CUGGGCAAAAUCGCGUAAAAUGGAAACAGAAUUUCGUUGUGAGGUUGAGGUUGGCCGUUGAAAAAAGUGAACAUGGGAAGGUCCAAGUUUCCCGGGAAGCCGCCAAAGACGGUCACCAGGAAACGGAUCAAAGUUCUCGGUCAGCCCGAGACAGCCCAAAGCGAUUCGGUAACCGUCGCCGAGAACAUCUAUUACGGACUUUCCCUGUUCAACGAAACAUUUGGUGACAACGAGAAGGAACAUCCACCAUUUCAUGGUUUUAGCACUAAAGAGGCUAAUCUUUCCGUGUCUUAUAUAAAAACGCAACAACAUGACACAGAAACUACAACUGUUAAAUCACCACCUGAUGCUGUUGAUAAUUCUAUGCAACAACAGAAUGAACAAAAUGUCACAGAUAUUAAAAGUUCUCCAUCGAAUACUGAAAAUAAUACAGACAAAUUAUAUGAUAAAAAUAUCAAAACAACAGAAAAUGAUAAAAAGGAUGUGACUACAUUAAAUUCCAAACGUACUGCUAAAUUUAACAGACCUAAAAAUCACAGAAGUUGCAAAAAUAUAAAAUUCUCCAAUUUUAUGAAAACACCAGUAUUAAAAUCAGUGAACAAUAUUUUAGAUCAGCAUCAACGAACAAGACAACUACGUAACAGUACUGCAAAGAGAUUAUUACAAAGGGCAAAAUCUAAUAGUAAUAAUGUGCGUAAUAUGACAGCACAAUGUGGAGAUAAACCAAAUGCAGUAAGGAAAUUUAUUUUACCAGUUCGAAGUGCCCAUUCGUCACGAGUUAUUAAACCAAAUAAAAGAUUUAUUGAAGAAUUAGAAGAAAUUUCUGGGGCAGAACAUAGUGAAAAUGAAGUUGGUACACAUGUGAAGAAAGCUAAAUUUGCAUUAAAUAAACUUUGUAAUCAGGAACCAAAACUAAAAGAAGGAAAUGUUACUAAACUCUGUACAAAACUAAAAGAUAAAGAAGUGAAAGAUGUGAAAAAUAAGGCUAAAAAAGCCAUUCAGCGUGUAAAUUCCAAUGCCCAAACUAUUAUACAAUCUGUAAAAAAUCUUGAGAAAUUAGCACCUUCUAUACAAGACGCACAAGUAUCAAAAACUAUUAAUACAGAUGUUAAAAGAAUGAAUGUAUCAAAUAAAAAUAAAGUGGUGAAAUGUUCAUCCAAUGAAUGCAAUGGUAUUCAAGAUGGUACACUAACUACAACCAGAAAAGCUCAAAAUGCAAAAUUAACUGUCUCCAAAAAUCAGAAACUAAUUUCUGUUCCUACAAAAGUUCUUCCUGAUUCUGAUGUUCCAAGUUCAGAGUCUUCUAGGAUUCAAACAAGAUCAGGGACUCAAAAUGAUGCAGCUGAUUUAGAAAUUCACACCAGUUUUGAAGAUGCAACAAAGCUGAAAGAAAAUAAUAGUGCAAAAGGUCGAGGUAAUACUGGUAAUGUGAGUAAAAAUACAGAAGAAAAUUCAGAUAAUUUUGACACGGAAAGUACAUUGUCUGAAAGUGGAAGUGAACAUAGCAGUCACACAGAAGACGAACAGUCUGAAUGGACUGGAAUGAAAUUAAAUGGUGGAAAAGUUAUUUUGAGGAAAGCAAGAUUAAAACUAGAUAAUAAAUGUGUUAGUGGAACUGAAGGUCCUUUUUCAACAACAAAUAGCAAUAGUGUUACAAGUGGAAAUGCUAACUUAGGUUUGACAGGUACCAUUAAAUGUGGCGUUUGUGGUGCAGUACGAUUUUAUCGGUUUGUGAAGCAGGCUCGAAAAUUUGGUAUUCACAGUUGUGAAUCAUGUAGAAAGUUUAUAAGUAAAAUGAUUAAACGUCAAGCUUGUGCAAAAUCUACAAAUAGUACUCUUCCAGUCCUUCAAUGUCAUAAAGGCGAUGGUUUGUGCUUAGUACCACCUAUUGUAAGAAGUCAACAAUGGAAUCUCAUGCGAUGUGUUUAUAAGGCUAGAUGCCCAGCUUGUUGGUUAAAAAUGUGUUUGAAAUGUUACAACAUUCCUUCUUCUCUAAGAACAGGCUUAAAUACAUUGCUACCACCAAUGAUGAGAGAUCCUCUGAGUGUUCCAUUAACACUGAGUCAAGAAGAUAAUGAUAAUCAUGGACAAAAACUAAUAUCUUCUAAGUUAGGUUGGCCUGCAGAAGAUAGCUCUGAAAAAAAUUUAUUCAAAUCAGCUAUGAGUUGGAGAAAUAUAGAAAUAGGUCAGAAAACUAGUUAUCAAGGCACUGGUGGUUUUCUAUACACAAAGUUAGACAAAUUUGAUUCAUCACUAAAUAUAUCACCUAAUAAAAAAAGAAGAAAAAAUAAUAGGAUAAAAGUGAGAAAGAAAUUAAAAAAUCCUAUGUUCUCUUUACCAUCUCAAAAUCAAUGUCCACAACCUCUGAGACAGAGACUUGAAUUGAAAGGGCCAAGAGUGAAACAUGUUUGUCGAAGUGCAAGUGUUGCUCUUGGUCAACCAAUUGCUACUUUUCCCUCUAUAGAUGGAAAAGAAGAUACUGAAAGCAAUAAGCACAUUCCGAAAACUUUAAAGGAAAAUGAUAGGGUAGAGAAAAAGGAUGAAAUAAAAGAGAAAGAAUCACAAAAACAUAAUGAAGAAAACACUGUAAAUCAUAAUACUGUUACUGUAACACAACAGCCUCAUCCAAAAAGAGGCAAAUCACAACAAAAUACAUCAACAUCAAACUUUCAAGUAGUACCUAAAACAAAUAACGACACAUUACAUACAGUAUCUAUAGACUUUUGGGAACAGUAUGAUCCUUCAGAAGUUGGAGCAAAAGGUUUCGCCCUUAUUGGUUCAGAACUCUUUCAUAUUCCUGCUAUUUGUUACCUUUGUGGGAGUGCUGGAAAAGAACCACUCAUCCACUGUCAAUGCUGUUGUGAGCCAUAUCAUGCGUUUUGUUUGGAACCCAGUGAAUGGAAUGCUUGUGCUCAACCAAACUGGUGCUGUCCUCGAUGUACAAUAUGCCAAUCCUGCCAUCUAAGAUCUGGUCCAAAAUUGUCUUGCAUUCGUUGUCGUCAAUCAUUUCAUCACUCAUGUUUGUCAAAAUCUGGUGUUAGUGCAAGACUUUACAGUCCUGAAAGACCUUAUGUGUGUCAAAGUUGUGUUAAGUGUAAAAGUUGUGGUAGUGAAGGAGUUAACGUUCAUGUGGGCAAUUUACCGUUAUGCUCCAUGUGUUUUAAAUUACGUCAACAGGGAAAUUACUGUCCUUUAUGUCAAAGAUGUUACAACGAAAAUGAUUUUGAUACAAAGAUGAUGGAAUGUAAUGAAUGUUCUUAUUGGGUACAUGCUCAUUGUGAAGGGCUUUCCGAUGAACGUUAUCAGAUUCUUAGUUAUUUACCUGAUACUAUUGAAUUUACAUGCAGCCAAUGUUCCUCAAAUCCUAAUUCUAUUUGGAGAAAUGCUAUAGAAGCUGAACUUAAAGCUGGUUUCAUAGGAGUUAUAAAAUCGUUAAGUAAAAACAAGAAGGCUUGUGCUGCAUUGAAAUGGAGCCCAAGAAAGGAAUGUUUAUGUAGAUCUAUUUCUAAUGGGAAAAGAUUGGAUUUCUCUAAUGAAAAAAUAGAUUCAAAUACGAAUAUUAAAGAAGGCCUCAGUGUAGAUGAAGCUGAAGAGGGUAAUAAUGAAAAAAUUAAAAAUGCAGAAUUUGGUCAUAAUAAUAGUUUAAAAUCUGAUUCAACAAGCAAAUUGGAUGAAGAUCAACCAAGUGAUUGUUCAAAUAGAAGAGGCUUAAGGCGACUUCGACAAAAGUUUCAUUUAAAAGAAUGUUCUGUUCGAGUAAAAAAUUGUGCUGUAAAAGAUACUCAAGAUAAUGAUAAAAAAGAUUCGGUAAAUCAAGAAAAUUCAUAUAGCAAUUCAAAUGAUACAGAAUGCCAUUGCUCAGACCAACAAAUUAUUGUUAGACCUUCACCAACGUUGAUGUCGGUAAAACGAAAAGUUAAUAAUAAUGAAUACAAAACGCUAUCACAAUUUCAUUGUGAUAUGGAACAUGUAAUUAAUCGUACUGGAACCAAGGAUCUUACUGAAGCUUAUCACGAAAUUUUACAAGAGGUGUUUCCAUGGUUUAAUUUAAAGAGUAUUAAAAAUAAUAAUGGGAAAAAUGAUGUACUAUCAUCUACUAAGGACAUUAGUAAAGAUGAUAAUCCAGUUACGAAACUCGAUGAUUCUAUUCUAGAGAUGUGGAAAGAAGAAGUGAUAAAAGCACCAAAAGCAAUUGCAGCCAAAACAGCAAAUUUAUAUAAUGUUCAUGUUGAAGAUAGUAGAUCAUGUUGUUUGUGCAAAGGUUUAGGUGAUGGUUUAGAAACGAAAGAAGGACGGUUACUGUAUUGUGGUCAAAAUGAAUGGGUACAUUCAAAUUGCGCACUAUGGUCUAAUGAAGUGUUUGAGGAAAUCGAUGGUUCAUUACAAAAUGUUCAUAGUGCUAUUUCAAGGGGUCGAUUAAUUCGUUGUUCAGAAUGCGGAAAGAAAGGAGCCAGUGUUGGUUGUUGUGCGAAAAAUUGCAGUAAUACCUUUCAUUACCCUUGUGCAAGGAACAUUGGGCUUGCUUUUAAUGAUGAUAAAACAGUAUUUUGUUCUUUGCAUUUAAAUAAUUGCACACAUAAAACAUUACAAAAUGAGAAUGAAUUUAGUCUACGAAGACCUGUAUAUGUAGAACUGGAUCGUAAGAAAAAAAAGUAUGCAGAACCAAGUAAAGUGAAAGUUAUGAUUGGUUCAUUGAUAAUUGAUUGUUUAGGUACAGUUAUACCAGAAUACUCUGAUACAGUUGAGAAAAUUAUACCUUGUGAUUAUAAAUGUUCUCGGCUAUACUGGUCUACAGUAAAUCCAUUUAAAAUUGUAAGAUAUUACAUUAGAACAUAUGUACAAGUAUAUGUACCAGAAGUUUCUUCAGAUCUAGAAAAUAAUAUAACUAUCGACCAUUCUGAAGAACAAGAAAAGGAAGAUACAUUAGAUACACAGAAAAUUGAAUAUUUAGCUGUAAAACAAACUCUAGAUGCUUUAAUUGAUGCAGUCUGUAAUAAAGAAGUUGAUGAAAACCUAGCAGAACAAAAUAAUACUGAUCUUUUGCCUCCAGAAUUAAAAGAAGCUAUAUUUGAAGAUUUACCACAUGAUUUAUUAGAUGGUAUUUCCAUGCAAGAUAUAUUUCCAAAGAUGACAUACGAAGAUUUUUUAGCAAUGGAUUUAAAAAAUGAUGGCACUUUUGCAACUGAUCUAUUCAAAGAUGAUAUGUUGGCAUCUGAAGUAGAUGAAAUCAUAAAGCCACCUGAGAAUAAAGUUUCAAAAAUAGAUCCAUCUUUGGUAGAAUUAGGAUCACAUAAUGAUCUAUGGGUUCAUUUAGAAACUAAAACUUCCGUUCAAGAUCUAGUAGAUGAUUUGUUAAGUUCUAAAAAUCAAAAACGUGGAGGCAGAGAACUGAAACGAUCUAAAUCGGAAGUAAUGUCAAACAGUCCAUUAAUUGUUGGAGGACAAAGACACCAUCAACGAUCUUGCAGUUUAACUUGGAGUUGUAAAUUGGAUGGUACUUAUGGCCCCAGCAUAAAACGAAGAAAAUUGUCUAGAAACUCAAGUAUGACAAAAUCAAACGAGACAAGCGUAAUGGUAUUAGAUUCACAAAAUGAACGACCACCUACUUUGCAUGAAUUAAGAAUUCCAGAUAGUAUCAUGGUUACUGUAGGAAGAGCAAAUACACCUAACAUUUUAUCCGAUUCUAUGCGGGAAUUAAAGUAUUGUAUUGAAGAUGCCAGUGGUAUUAAUCGUAGAGUAAUAUCUAGUAGUCGUGAAGAAGGUAAAGAACAUAAACGACUUUUUUGGCAUACAAGGCAACAGCCGCGAAUAUUGCAAGUUGAUGGACCUGCUGAUGCCAGUAGUGCCAGUGAAUGCAGUUCUCCAGAGUAUAAUAUUGAAGAAAAAACUACGGCAUUACGUGUAACAGAACAUUUAUCAAUUCCGCAAUUAGAUGGUAUUAACGACGAAUCAUCAUGUGACAGUAGUGAAUUUACCUCAUUCGCUGAAAAAGAUUUCAAUUCUUGUUCGAAAUCUUCAAAUAAUAUUUUACGAUCAAAACGAAUAUAUGGAUUUAUUAGAUCACAUAUUGCAAAAUCUAAUGAUAAAUCACAAAAGAUAAAAGAAAAUGAUGGUUUCUCUAAUUGUCAAAAAUAUUCAGUACAACAAACUAAUUUUAACGAAAAUAAUUUGAAGUUGAAUUUAGAAAUUCCUCAAUUAGACGGAGCUGAUGAUAUUUCCAGUGAUGAUGAGUGUAUAUCACCACAACACAUUGAAAGUGAAAGAACUACCGUUACUUCUCAAUGUGAUGCACCAUUUGAUCACAUAGAUCGUCCUGUAACUUGUAAAAAAUGCCGUUGUACAUAUAGAACACAAGAUAGUUAUAAUAGACAUUUGACAAAUUGUGAUAUCAUGAUAACAAGCGAUAGUGAUUCAGAGACUAUGGAUAAUAAGUUAGCAUCACCUGAUUCUAGAUUUUCUCCAAGUAUUGGAUCUGUUUCUCCACAAUUUAUAACAUUAUCUCCAUCCGAAGGGCAUACACUUUCAUCUGAUUAUCCAGAUAUACAAGCCACUUCACCUUUAGAAGCUUCUGUACCAUCACCUCAUCCAGCUAUUCAAAUUGAACCAAUAGCACAAGCAAUUAUUACACCACAAAUUCACACACAUGCUACUGUGGAGACUGUUCAUCAAACAGUAUUAACAUCUAAUGAUAUGAUCGUACAAACACAGUAUACUAGAACAACAACUACAUUACCAAAUGCUACAGUGUUACCCCAAGAAAGUACUGUUCAAAUAACAGAAAUUACAGAUCCACCAUCUGUUGCAAGCGAUUCUAGUAUGUCACAAAACAUCAUCAAUACGCCUAUGAAUUCUCCAGAUGGUGCAAGUUCGCAAACAGUUCCAAGUCCACAAGUGUCACCUACAUUUUCUUCUACCGGUGUACAAACUGCAACUAAUGAAUCACAAGCAAACAUUCAGUUAACGAAAUUAGCGAAAUCAAAAUCUCCAAGAGCGCCGAAGUCUCGAACAAAAGGAAUCAAAACACAGAUUGUAAAAAAUACUAUACAACCACACAAUGGACAUACUAGAUUUCAACCAAUGCAAAACAAUACUCCAGUUAUACAAUUGCAACAAGCUCAAAGACCAAGUGGGCCAACUGUAAUAUUACAACAAGCAUCUCCUGGUAUUAUGUCUGCGUAUGUUGAAACAUUGCAACAACAAUCUGGACAAAAUCUUCAGUAUGUAACAACAAUCGGAGGUCAACACGAAACUGCGUUUAAACCGCAGUUCAUAACAACUAAUCAUUUAGUUCCUGGUGCAUACAUACAAGCAUCUUCUGAUAACUUAUUGGCAUUACAAAAUGGAGGUAUAUCGAUUUUGCCAGGUGUACAAAUUGCUCAAACACAACCAACAGUUCUUGGAACAAUUAUACAGCAGCAACCUAGUGCAAUUCAAUGUGGAGUUAUAUCAUCUGAACAACUAUUAUUGAGUUCAACACCAACACUAGAAAUGUUUACAGAUUCUACAGGCAGUAUGUUUCUUUCAAACCAACCAAUGUAUUACGGUUUGGAAACUAUUGUAAGCAACACAGUAAUGUCUUCCAGUCAGUUCAUGGCUGGCACAGUACCACAAGUGUUAGCAAGCAGUUACCAAACAACAACGCAAGUUUUUCAAGCUUCUAAACUUAUGGAACCUAUCGUAGAUGUUCAGGCUGUUCCAGGUGUUCCCACUGUAACAGCAGUGCAAUCUGUACAAAAUGUACCUGGAGUACCUGGAGUGCCAAGUGUACCAAACGUUGCUAAUGUAUCCAAUGUAUCCAAUGUAACCAACAUAGCCAGCAUACCCAAUGUACCUAGCGUAACCAACGUACCUAAUGUUCCGACUGUACCCGCUAUACCGACUAUACCCGCUGUACCCUCUGUAUCCAAUGUACCUAAUGUAUCCAAUAUACCAAGUAUAACAAAUAUAACGAAUGUAUCCAAUGUACCCACAGUACCCAAUGUACCUAGUGUGCCUAGUGUACCUGGUAUACCUAGUGCAUCUAAUACACCUAGUAUACCCAAUGUAUCUGGUGUACCCGGUGUAGCCGGUAUACCUGGUGUACCGCAUGUACCAAAUGUACCCGGUAUACCUGGUGUACCGCAUGUACCAAAUGUACCCGGUAUACCUGGUGUACCGCAUGUACCAAGUGUACCCAAUGCACCUGGUGUACCUAAUAUAUCCAGUACACCUAGUAUACCUAGUUCACCUGGUGUAUCUAAUGUACCUAGUGCACCUAGUGUACCAAAUAUACCUACUGCAUCUGGUAUAUCUAACACACCUACCGCAACUUGCAUACCUGGUGUACCUAACAUACCUAAUGCACCUAAUGUCUCUAAUAUAGCUAGCGCAUCUAAUUUGCCUAGUACUUCUAAUAUAACAAAUCUACCAGCUGUACCUACUGUUCAAAAUGUAUCUAAUAUUUCCACUUUACCACCCAAUGUAGGCAAUGUUCCUGACAUACCUACAGUACCUGGUGGUUACGUAGUCGUAAAUCAAUCAACACCUAUAGCAGAACCUAUCGUAACACCACAAAUUAAUAUUUCUGCAACACCUGAACAAAAUUUUGCUUCAGCCACGUGUAAUACCAUAUUGCCUGUAUCGUGUCAAAGUGUUGUAGAGCCAGUAACAUCGAUACAACUACCAGAUACAUGUCCAUCUGAACCUCAAGCUGUAGUAAGAGUAACAUCAUCUCCUAAAUUGUUGCAAAAUUCGAUACCAACAAUACCAAGAGUAGCUGUACGCCCAAGUCCAGUUUCAAACUCUGUUAUGCAACCUAACAAUGGACCAUGGAAAAUUACAGAACCACUAUUUGGUUCAGAACAGAUGAUGAACAAUAACGUCCGACCAUAUUUCGACUCGAAACACGUAUCAGAGAAUACCAGUAUGAUAAAGUCUAGCAUAUCAUCUAAAAUACCCCCAUUACCUAAUCACUGUAUAACUCAAAGGGAUAUAAUUGUAAAUAAGUUAAAUCAUGAUGUAAAUAAUGUGCAUAAUAAUUAUAGUAGUACUGUACCGAAUUCAAACAAUAUUAAUGUAAGUACAAGUAAUAAUCCAGUGAUAGCUAGCUCGGCUGUACAAAAUAAAAUUACAAUGUCUACAAGCAACGUACCAACGAGUCGACCGAUGAAUAGAGUACUACCAAUGCAAGCUGUGACUCCGAAACAAGAUACGACGAAGGCCAUGCAGAAAACAGAAAUGAUCAUAGAAGAGCCAACGAAACCGGUAAUUAAGCCAGCGGAACCAGAACAGAAGCUUGCAGAACCUAAAAAGCAAAUUGUCGAAGCCGUAGUACCAACGGUGAAAAAGCCCGAGACGACUAUAAACAACGUGAAUGAAACUCUGAAAUUAAACACCGAAACAAUCGAGAAGGUAAAAGAAAAUCUCAAGUUGGAACUGGACAAAGAGAAACUGCAGAACGCUUCGUUGAAAAUAGUGCUACAAAAGCAAUUGCAAGAUGGUUCUUACAAAAUUACGCAUAACAUGAAAGCAGUGACGCAAAGUAAGAAAUCUCCGCAGGUGACAUCUGUAGAAAUAUUGCCGUCGAAGCAGGUACCGCAGAUAGCUUCUUUGCAAUUGUUACCGAUAAAAACGUUCACGUUAAAAACGAACAAGAUCGAGGAAAAGGUUAAACCUAUCGAUAACAAGUUCAACAUAUUAAAAACCAAGACUCCGCCAGUUGCUGUGAAAAAACCAAGAGUGAUCAGUAAGUCGAUUAAAUCCAUACAGCCAACUUUACCAAUCUUGCAAGCACAGAAAAACACCUCGAAAGGACCGACGUUAAUGUACGAGAUAAAGUCGCAGGAUGGAUUUACUCAUACCGCUUCUUCGAUGACCGAGGUAUGGGAAACCGUAUUUCAGGCCGUACAGAAUGCUCGGAAAGCUCACAAUUUACCUCCGUUGCCUCAUAAUCCUCUGACUGAGAACCUGGGUUUGGAAAACAACGCCACGGUGUAUCUAGUUGAACAACUACCGGACGUAAACAGAUGUACCAAAUACAAACCCCGGUUUCAUAAUUUAGCACCGCCUAAACCAGGAGAAACAGAAAACGAUUUACUAAAAGCGUGCGAUAACGGUGCUGCUCGCGCAGAACCGUUCAAAGGAAGAAAAGUUCACGAUAUGUUCAGUUGGCUGGCAUCGAGGCAUAGACAACAGCCAAAAAUGAUCUCUAUCUCGGAAGCUGAGUCGAGACGAGUGGCAAGCACAAAUUUACCAAUGGCGAUGCGCUUUAGAAUACUGAAAGAGACAUCAAAGGAAUCAGUUGGAGUAUAUCAUUCUCACAUACAUGGCAGAGGUUUGUUUUGCCUCAGAGACAUUGAAGCCGGAGAGAUGGUUAUCGAGUAUGCCGGUGAGGUUAUUCGAGCUUCGUUAACCGACAAACGAGAAAAAUAUUACGAUAGUAAAAACAUAGGAUGUUACAUGUUUAAAAUCGACGAUCACCUAGUCGUUGAUGCUACAAUGAAAGGAAAUGCAGCUAGAUUCAUUAAUCACUCAUGCGAGCCAAAUUGUUACUCGCGAGUGGUAGACAUCCUAGGUAAGAAACACAUUUUAAUUUUCGCUCUCCGCCGCAUUACUCAAGGAGAAGAGUUAACGUAUGACUACAAAUUUCCUUUCGAGGAUAUCAAGAUUCCAUGUACCUGCGGUUCCCGCAGAUGUCGUAAAUACCUCAAUUGAGACUGCAUAUACAGCUAUCGUAAGCAGCCAACCGGCACAGCAAAAAAUAUUGUGCUAUAAUUAUGUGCGCUUUGGAAUAGGAUUCAUUUUAUUGAACGUUAUUCAUUUAAUCAUCAAACUAUUUUCAGAGAUUGCAGCUUUUUAUUACUAUAAAGGAAAUAGAUAUACAUUUAAAAUAUUAGAAGGCCAGAUAUAGUACAUGAAACAUCGCGUUAUGACAAUGUUACUUUAAACAGCUACACUUCGUAGUUGAUUUAAGGGGUAUACUUAUAGCAAUAAACGAUUGAAUAUGUCCUGCUUUCGUACCCAACGAGCCUCGCGUGCUUCAUCGCGCUAAGACUCAUGAAAGUGUUACUUUAUCCACGCCUGUGCUUUUAUGCACGUCUUCUAGACUCUACUUAUUAUCUACUAUUGAGGCUUAAGUGUACAAGUUAUCGUCACUUUACACUAAAUCGAAAAU